GCAGCUGUCAGUGCAGGAAGAUGGCGGAGGGCGGAGUGGUUGAUCUGGAGACUCAGAGAUCUGAAGUGUCAGCGCUGCUGAAAACCCCUCUCCGGAGAGGAGACACCUGGUACUUGAUUGAUAGUCGUUGGUUCAAGCAGUGGAAGAAAUAUGUGGGCUUUGACAGCUGGGACAAGUACCAGAUGGGAGAUCAGAAUGUGUAUCCAGGUCCCAUUGAUAAUUCUGGACUCCUUAAAGUCUCGUUCACAGACACUGAUACACAGUCUCUCAAGGAGCAUCUUAUUGAUGAGCUUGAUUACAUUCUGUUGCCUAUUGAAGGCUGGAACAAGCUUGUUAGCUGGUACACAGUUAUGGAGAAUCAGGAACCCAUAGCUCGCAAGGUUGUUGAACAGGGUAUGUUUGUAAAGCACUGCAAAGUCGAAGUUUACCUAACCGAAUUAAAGCUAUGCGAGAAUGGCAAUAUGAACAAUGUGGUAACAAGAAGAUUUAGUAAAGCUGACACAAUAGACAUGAUUGAGAAGGAGAUGAGAAAAAUCUUCAGUAUUCCAGAUGAAAAAGAGACCAGACUGUGGAACAAAUAUAUGAGCAAUACAUUUGAACCUCUAAAUAAACCUGAAAGCACUAUACAGGAUGCUGGCUUAUACCAAGGACAGAUGCUGGUAAUAGAACAAAGAAACCAAGAUGGUCAGUGGCCAAGAGGUUCAUUGCCGAAUGUGAAAAAUUCCAACUAUUGCCUACCUUCAUAUGCUGCCUACAAGAACUAUGAAUACUCUGAGCCAGGAAGGAACAAUGAGCAGCCAGGACUCUGUGGCCUAAGUAACCUGGGGAACACUUGUUUUAUGAAUUCUGCAAUUCAGUGUUUGAGCAAUACUCCACCACUAACUGAGUACUUCCUUAAUGAUAAGUAUCAAGAUGAGUUGAACCUGGACAACCCUUUAGGCAUGAGAGGAGAAAUUGCCAAGUCUUACGCAGAGCUCAUCAAGCAAAUGUGGUCAGGGAAAUACAGCUACGUAACUCCCAGAGCAUUUAAGACUCAGGUAGGCCGUUUUGCACCUCAGUUUUCUGGUUAUCAACAGCAGGAUUGCCAAGAACUACUCGCUUUCUUAUUAGAUGGCUUGCAUGAAGAUUUAAAUCGAAUUAGAAAGAAGCCUUAUAUCCAACUCAAGGAUGCGGACGGGAGGCCAGACAAGGUAGUUGCUGAAGAGGCCUGGGAGAACCAUAUUAAAAGAAAUGACUCCGUUAUUGUUGAUAUUUUUCAUGGUUUAUUUAAAUCCACCUUAGUUUGUCCCGAAUGUGCUAAAAUUUCUGUGACAUUUGAUCCUUUUUGUUACCUAACCCUCCCACUACCAAUGAAAAAAGAACGCACACUGGAAGUAUAUCUUGUUAGAAUGGACCCCCUUGCCAAACCUAUGCAGUACAAAGUCAUCGUUCCAAAGAUUGGAAACAUUAUGGACCUUUGCACAGCCCUCUCUUCACUGUCUGACAUUCCACCAGAGAAGAUGGUGGUGACAGAUAUUUACAACCAUAGGUUUCACCGAAUAUUUGCUAUGGAUGAAAACUUGAGUAGUAUUAUGGAACGUGAUGAUAUUUAUGUAUUUGAAACGUCCAUCAACAGGGCAGAAGAUACGGAGCAAGUCAUAAUUCCUAUUUAUUUACGAGAGAAGUUCCGCCAUACCAGUUACAGCCAUCACCAUGGGUCAACAUUGUUUGGCCAACCUUUUCUUUUAACUGUGCCUAGAAACAUCACUGAAGAUAAGCUGUAUACUCUGCUUUUAGCGAGAAUGUGCCGAUAUGUAAAAUUCACAAAUGACAGCGAAGAAAAUGAUGGUCCUUUACACUGUAAUAAAGAACAUACUGUAAAUGGGAAUGGUCCAAAUGGUAUCCAUGAAGAGGGUUCCCCAAGUGAAAUGGAAACUGAUGAACCUGAUGAUGAGUCUAGCCAGGAUCAGGAGCUUCCUUCAGAGAAUGAGAACAGUCAGUCAGAAGACUCUGUUGGAGGUGAUAACGACUCAGAAAAUGGACUGUGCGAAGAAACCUGCAAAGGACAAUCAGUCACAGGACAGAAAAAACGCUUGUUUACAUUCCAGUUUACUAACUUAGGCAAUGCGGACAUCAGUUACAUCAAAGAUGAUACUCGAUACAUCAGAUUUGAUGACAGACAACUCAGGCUCGAUGAAAGUUCCUACCUUGCCUUGGACUGGGAUCUAAAAUUGAAGAAAAAAUACUUUGAUGAAAAUGCAGCAGAGGACUUUGAAAAGCACGAAAGUGUAGAUUUCAUCCCCCAAAAAAAGUCUUUUAUGAAAUUAAAAGAUUGCAUUGAACUUUUUACCACAAAGGAAAAGCUAGGUGCCGAGGAUCCGUGGUAUUGCCCAAACUGCAAAGAACAUCAGCAAGCAACCAAAAAAUUAGAUCUCUGGUCUUUACCUCCGGUUCUUGUGGUGCACUUGAAACGCUUUUCAUAUAGUAGAUACAUGAGGGAUAAACUGGAUACAUUAGUUGAUUUUCCUGUAAGUGAUUUGGACAUGUCAAAAUUCCUCAUUAAUCCAAAUGCUGGCCCUUGUUGCUACAAUUUAAUAGCUGUAUCAAAUCACUAUGGAGGAAUGGGAGGUGGCCAUUACACAGCCUUUGCAAAAAAUAAAGAUGAUGGGAAAUGGUAUUACUUUGAUGAUAGUAGUGUUUCCACUGCAUCUGAAGAUCAGAUAGUGUCCAAAGCAGCAUAUGUUCUGUUUUAUCAACGGCAAGAUACCAUUAGCGGAACUGGCUUCUUCCCUCUGGACAGAGAAGUCAGGAAAGGUGCUUCAACUGCCACUGGUGCCCCACUGGAGAGUGACGAGGAGACGAAUGAGAAUGAAAACGACCUCGAGAAUGAAAACUGUAUGCAUACCAACUAAAUAAAAGGGGCCUGUGAUAAACAUCCAUAGGAAUGGCAACCACCUUUUAAUAAGACAAAGUAGCUGCCAUUUUUUUUUUUUCUUUACUGAAAUAAAGAAGGUGAAUCUCAGCUGGCAGAAUGUAACAUUUUUGUGUGUUUUUAUUAUUAUUAUUUUUAUUAUUACCUUUUAUUUCAGUAUUCCACGACAGGACAAUGCAGUGAGAUCUGUGUCUGAACAAUCUCUGCUCCAUGUAGACUUGUUUCUGCAAGCCAUUCAUAGCAAAGGAGAUAAAAAAUUGUCAUUUUUGCUGCUUUUGCUAGUUUAUGCUGUUACAUGACAUCUCUUAAAUCCUCAAAGGCUCACAGUGCUGGGUAUUCGGUGUAGGCAUGUGAUCUGCUGAGCCCUUGAGGGUAGAAAGAGCGAUAGAUACUGUGUUAUCAGUUUCUCUAGGUUUUUAUUUCUAGAUAUUUUUUUCUUUAGUUUCAUUUCCAAGGCAGAACUAGAGCCUUUUUGGUGUGUUUUGUUCUGAUUGAUAUAUAUAUAUAUAUAGUUCAUUUAUAUAUAGUUAUUUACAAUAUAGAUUAUACUUUUUGUCUUUGGAAUUGCUAUAAACCACUUACCAUCUGAAUAAUGACAAGGGGGGUAGCAAAGGUGUUUUAGCCUUUUAAGAUAUAUAGUUUCCAGUUUUAUUUAAAGCUGUGUAAUGGAUUUAGGAGUUCACAAUGCUGUGUCAAAAAUUUGUUUGAAAUGUAAGUUUCCCUUGUCACUUGUUAAAUUCCUAUUAUAUUUGCUUAAAACCGGUACAUUUUCUGAUCUUCUGUCAGUCAAACAUUCAGCUUUGUGUCGUAAGUCCCACCCAUCCAUUUAUUUCAUUUUGGGAGCUUGGAGCUCUUGUGUGACACUGUAAAUGUAUAAAAGAUCAUCUAUAAUGGCGCUCUGUGCCGCUGACAAUGACUGUGGAAUAAACGUCAAUGUUCUGUUUAGUUCAUAUGACUUUUUAUAGUGUUUGACUUUAUCCAAGAUAGGUCUGUGGAAUUUCGCGUGCUCCCUUUAAAAGUCACCAUGGCCUUACAGCUCAUCUCAAAGGGUAAAUUGUUCUGAAGAUAGGAAAACUGACGUUUGCAUGUUCAAUUAUCCGAAUUUGUACUGUGUAUAUUGCAAUCAAGCCUUGGAUUUAAUGUUGGCUAACUGCUUUCAAGGGUCCAGGAUGCCAAAAAAAAAAAUCCUAGAAAACAUUGAACAUUUUGUAAGACAAGUUGUUUAUUUGCUGCUUUACUCGUGAACUUGUUUGAAGAAUGUAUUGUUGUUUUGUACACUGCCUAUGACAGGACUCUGUAAAUGGUGGGACAUGCUUUACAUAUCUACUACCUGACAAUUUCUUUACUGUCCCGGCAGAGAAAAACUUAUUAACAAAAAGAGGGGG